UUACCAAAAGUACCAGUGCAGCAUGCAUCCAAGAUGGAGGAGUUAGUGCAAGCUCUGUUCUCACUACUGCAAUCCAAGCACAGCAACAGAGGCAGCCUUGCAGCUCAGUCAGCUCACGACCUCUACUCUGUAUGCAUUGACACUGUCUCUGAGACGGACAUUGCAUACUGCUGCUCUGUAUUGUUCAACAAGCAGACUGGAGUCCUGCGGUUUCUGAGAGAGAUCUCCUCGCUGGACGAGUUUUCUGUGUGUAAAGAGACCCUACUCAACCUUUUGGAUGGCUACUCUAAAAUCCUCAAAGAGAGGGUGCUUCCUUAUGCUGUGGAGAUAAAGGAGGUGUGCAACAUGUUGUUCUCCAGAGACAAGAGCAGUAGAGUCAAAAAUGCUGUCUUUGCUCCACUGACCUCGGUGCUGAGACUGUGCGCAAGAACUGCUGAAGUAGAGUCAUUGAACAUACCCAAACUUAUCGACAAAUUUUUCCAAGCAACUACACAAGUCUCAAAAAACUCAGCUACAGUGCGUGGUGGUAUCUACCAGCUGCUGGGCACGCUGUGUGAGGUGUACCCAGAGCUCAUGGUGGGUCACUCAGGGAGACUGGUCGACGUGUACGUGCGUACACUGAGGUCAGAGAUGCUCGGCAAGGGCAGCAAGAAGCCCGAGAUGUCCAUCAUUGGAGGUUGCCUCAGGGGACUCUGCUGCUAUCUAGUCAACUUCUCCCAGUCCUUUGCUGAAGGUUCUGCGUAUGCUCAGGACAUAUACAAGUGUGCUCGGAGGGCUAUUGACCCCAAGGCAUCCAGGACAAGGUUUGAAGUGCCCAGAGCUGGUAUGGCUCUGAUUGCAAAACAUGCUGCACAGUUUAAAGAGUACCUGGCCAAAGAUCACGAGUACAUGUACGACUGUCUGCUGGAGUGGGCGGAACACAACAAUAAAGAUAACAAGAACUCGGCAAUUAGCGCCAUGGAAGCUUUCUUUGAACAGGUCUCAGUAGUGGUGGUGGAGAAAGCCUCGGAGGAUAGAGACACACACUAUGCCAUAUUCAAAGAGUUUAUGAGGAAGUUCCGCGGUAUUAUAGACAAUCAGAGCAGCAGCAAGCGGCAGCUGGCAGUGGCCAUCAAGGGAUACGGACACUUUGCAGCGCCUUGUAAAGUGUUCCUAAAGCCGUCGGACAUUCAGUUCAUGUUUCAAGAGAUGGCUAAUCGCAGUGAGCAGCUCUUCUUCUCUCCCAUUUUAGAGUCGGUGGAGGACAACCUCUUCCAACUCCCAGCAUUCCUAGAGGCCUUGGCCGCUAUCGUCAAGGAGAUGAGAGAGUUGUCUGAGUUACUGCUUCACUCUCUGGAGAAGCUGAUGGUAUUACUGUUUGAGUGCUACCCUCUCUUACCCCCCGUCACUCACAAGCCCGUGUAUUUCGCCGUGUUAAAGUUGAUACUGGGGCUCUCCACUAACUGGACCACACUCAAGGCAUUCUUGUCCCAGAUAGUGUACCAAGGACUCAUAAGGACGUGCUCACACCCACCUGUUAUUGAAGUUGGUGAUAGUGGUGUGGUUGCUACGGAGACCACUGAUAUCCUAGGCAACCGGCGACCAUCGUACAAGAACUAUGUUGACCUGUGGAUACAUAUCCUGGAUCCAACCAAACUAAAGGGUCACAGUCUUACGUUCAUGGAUCCUGGAACGAGGAAGGAGGUACACAGUUUGCUGUACGAUGAAGUGGUGGGCUCAGUCAUAAAGAUCAUCCACAGACUCGACCUCACAGCCAAGACCUCGCUAGAGCAAGAGUCGGAAGCUGUAGAGUCUGCAGAUGAUUCCAGUCCACCCACCACGAACUCUGACCCUGUGUCUGGGCUGUAUCCGUCUGUGCCGAAAGACUUCCAGAUUUUCAUCAACCUUGUGGACUUGUGCAAGUCGUUGUUCCCGUGUGUCCAGCCGUCACUAUUCUCACAAUGGGUGCCCACCUUCGGCCGUGAGAUGAUAGUCCACUCCACAGCCCACCCCCUCAUCAGCGGGUUCUACAAGCUGCUGGGUGUGGCUCUCAAGAUGUGCUCCACCCUCAACUACUUCCAGGACAUUCCUGAUCAGGAGACAGACGGUGAUAUUGCCAUGGAAACGGACUCUAAAGGAGACGACAGGAGAGACUGUUUCAUCCUGUUCAGGAAAUUUGUCAGAGAGGUUCUGGUUAGAAUGAAACAGUACAAGGAGGAGCUAUUGGUCUCUUGUCUGCAGCUGCUCCUCUCAUUGCCAAAGGAGAUAGUACAGCUGGAGAUAAGCAGCCUUGUACCAGCUCUACAAACUACAUUCAAACUUGGUCUAAGCUAUCUACCGUUGGCCAGCACGGGAUUGUCAGCCCUGGAGAAGUGGGCGGGGCAGCUCAGCCCCUCCCUCCUCCACCCCCCACUCAGAGCCGUGCUGCCAUAUCUCGAUGAGUACCUCAAGACCAAUGCUAACAGUACAGAGUGUGACUCCGGUUCCAGUACGGUGGUGGUUCAGUCCGGUUCCACGAGAGCGCAGCGUCACAAGUCGGUCAAAGUAAUUGCCAAAUGGAAGGAGGGAAUUGAUGGAGCAGAGAGCCCUAACAACAAGGUUCGGCGGCGGAUUGUUCAUUUCCUGGGCACCCUGGGGGGUCAGGUGAACAGCAGUCUGGUAGAGAACGAGUCGGCAGCUGCCUUUGCCUCUCACGCUGUGGCAUGGGACUCUCAGAACCGGCUUGAGUUCCCACUCCCGUUCCAAGACAUGAAACCAUCCAUCUACUUCGAUCCAUUUCUGCCUCGUGUGUGUGAGCUAGCCACCACCUCCAGUGACAGACAGACCAAGGUGGCUGCCUGUGAGCUACUGCACGCUUUGGUCCUCUACAUGAUUGGGAAGAGUGCCCAACCAGUGGCUCAGAGCAAGAGCCCCAUGACUAAACUGUUUCGGAAGGUUUUCCCCUUCCUCCUCCAGCUGGCAUGUGAUGUUGAGAAGGUGACAGGGCAGCUGUUUCGGCCGCUCAUUUUUCAGAUGAUCCAUUGGUUCACUAGGAACAGGCAGUAUGAGAGCCCAGACACUAUCGCUCUAUUGGACGCUCUAUUGGAUGGGAUUGUGCAUCCUAGCAACACUUCCCUGAGGGACUUUGCUGCUCUGUGUGUGAGGGAGUUCCUUGUCUGGUCCAUCAAGCAAACUAGCAAGAAGCAACAAGAGAAGAGUGCUCUGAACACCAAGUCUCUUCUCAAGAGGCUGUACAGUUUGGCUAGUCAUCCCAGUGCUACCAAGCGUCUGGGAGCAGCGCUGGCUAUCAACAGCAUCUACGCUGUCUUCAGGGAGGAGUCUACUCUCGUGGACACCUUUGUACUUGAGAUGAUGGUGGUCAUGAUCAACAGUUUACGACUAGCACACAAAGACGACAAAUCUCUGGGAACCCAGGAGCAGACCUGCCAGGCGAUUCGUCACUUGACUCGUAUCAUCCGCGCCAAGGCAACGGCUCUUAACGUACCCAGCAAAACAAGACGAGCACCAAAAGGUGUCAAGGAGCCCAUUCUUGCCACUGUUGUGUUGUGGGUACUCACUCAAUGUGGUUCUCCAGAGACCAGCUGUCGGGAGCAGUGUAUACAGCUUUUCACAAAACUAGCCAGUCUACUGCCAAAAACGCCCACGGGUCGUGUGUGGGUGCGCCGAACUGUGGAGGGUGAAGGAGGUCAUUUCUUUGUCACCAGGUUUGAGAAGGGUGGUCUAGGGAGUGGUGGUAUUCAGCGGCAACCAGUGCUAUCAUGUGACGUCUUCUCCCUCUCUGAGACUGUGUCGUGGUUUGAAUCUCUUAACGCUGCACUUGACUGUUACACCUGGGUGCUCGAGGAACAGCUGUUGUCACCAGGGGAACUAUUCUCAGCUCAACCAAAGAAGCCAUUAGACAAGUCAUCCUGUCUGUUUGAGAGCCUCCAUUUCUUCCUGAGCAGUCUCUCCCCUCAUGGACUAGAGUCAGCUGCUUGUGUGAUACAGCCUGGGGCAACUCACGUGUUCAUGCCCAGUGAAGGAGAGACAUACAACAGGGCCAAGUGUGGUGUGGGCGUUAGGGUGCUCAAGUUUACAGCCGCACUCCUGAAACACCCCACGGAACUGAAGACAUGUGUGCCUGAUAGCUUCUGGAGUGAUGACCUCUACCAACUGGUGUGUCUGGCGUGUCUGCGUCCGACUGCCCUGGGCUUCAGUAGUGGCGAUGUGGCUAGUUUGGGACAACUACCAUCACAGGUCAAGCUGACAUUGGAGGCCCUUGCUAGCAGCCCUGCUGACAUACACUCAAAAUUUGUAGCUCAACUUUCGUUACAGCUGGCCCCAGGAAGUUUUUGUGAUCUGAUUGGUCAGAUGCCCCUCUAUCUCCAUGACAACUCGGAGAGUGAGAAGAGAGAUCACAAUCACUUGGACUAUUUGAUCCAAGGCCACAUCUCGUUGCAAACAGCUGGUCUGCUGUUAUCCACCCUCGAAAUCAAAGAAUCUAAAUUGUCGACUGUCUGCGAUGGCCUACUAGAGUCUGUGCUAGGCUCGCUCAAGCCCCUCCUACUUGGCCACACCCCUGACUCUGCCCCAUCCGAGGCUCGAACCUUGAGCCCUGCCAAUGAGACGAGUGUUGGACUGCUACUAGAGCUAGCACUGAUCACUGGAGUCACUCCUUCUGCUUUUGUGGACUGCUUGUUGGACAAAGACAGAGAUGUGCCUGGCCUGGGGUUCCUGCUCCACCAAACCUUCCCGCCCACCCUCCACACACACCUCCUCACUCAUCACACCACACUCCUGCCGCUACUGGCAAAGCACAGCCAACAACACCAGAAAACGGUGUCUAGUGUACUGAGUGGUCUAUUGGAGCAUGUCAGUAGAGACAAGAGCUCAGUGAGGAGUCAUGUUUCCUCUGUGAGCAGCUGUCUCCUCUCUGUGUGGCCAUUGCUGGCUAGGUGGUGUGAGGGAGGACCCAGUGGGAAACUAGCAGCUGUCUCACUGCUCAAGAAAAUGCUGGCUGUGGACCCUAAGGUACUACACACAGCUGUCUCUAUUGGCACAGCAGAGCCUGUGGUUGCUAUGUACACUGCUCUUAUUGAAGAUGCCAACAGUCCACUAUCAUUCAAGAGCAAAGUGCUGGAGAUUCUUCACUACUUUGUGGCACUGCCUGCCGACUACAGACAGAGACUCGUUAAGAGCAUCAGAGUGAUGGUGGCCAAUCAGUUUCCCCUCAAGUCUACCGAGUUUGUUAGGGGAAGCCCCCAGUGUAACGAGUACGUUUCAGUCAUGGACAAGUUCCUGAAUGGGCUUGUGGUGUCUGGGAGUGUGGAGUUACUGGAGGUACUCAUUAACGUCAUGUGCAGAGACACGGAGCAUGUGCACGAGGAACGGAUACAGAGUAGUCUCGUCAACCUCGUUAAAGCGUUAUCCUCCAGUGAUGCCACGGAGGCAAUCACAGUUGCUUAUAAGGUUUUCCGUAACGAGGGGGGAUACCCCCCGGAGGCUCGGAGGGGAGCGUGUGAGAGGGUGUGUCUGCCGCUACUGAGGGUGGCCAGUGAGGUCACUCUACGAGAGUUUUUCCUUGGCUAUGUGGGCGAGGUCAUGGGUGUGGUUGAGGCAACCCUAUCCAGAUCGGAUACAGAGUCUUAUCUGACUACAAAGCUGUGUUGUUUCCAGCUGCUGGAAGUGCUCUAUUCCCGACUGCCUGGGGGGGCGUUGACAAGCCCUGGGGGAAGUAUCAACAAUGCCUACUGUAAGGGAUCGGCUAAGAGCGGCAAGGAGCUCACUCAAGCUAUCACUAAAGCUGGUCACCUGGCCAAGUCAGAGGAUCUCCAUGGCGAUCGUGCGUUAUACGAGCUUCGUCGUCAGUACCACUGCAUGGCGUACAACUUGCUGGUGGCGGUGAUCACAUGCACUCAGAGCAAGAUCCAGUUCUACACUGGGUUCCUGUUCAAGGAGGAGCCUCUCAAGGGUCAAUUUUUGUGGGAUAAUCUCAUUGACAAAGACAAGCCCUAUCACUUUGAGAUUGAGCUGGAGUCUCGUGUCUAUCGCAAGAGGCAGGUGAUCGCCAUCAGAGACGAGGUACACUCGCAGAGAGAAGACUCGCCCUUUGAUUCUCCACCUUUUUCUCCUCACUACCUCUCCUCUCAGUAUCUGGCCGACAGUAGCCUCAGUACUGACAUCUCUCAGUUUGAUUUCUCCACAGGACCAACGGCUGUGCCCAGAGUGAGCAUCAGUUCAACCCCUGAAGUCAAGGAGACUGCUGCCAUGGUAGUGAUGGAGGAGCAGCUGGAGCAGGACUGUGUCAACACCCACGAGUGUAUGGUGCCCCUAAUGAGACUACUGGACCACAUGGAACACAAUAAGAUCAACCCGGAGAUCGUCAAGGGUUCUCCCCCCAUGGACAUGCCCUCCUGGAUGGUGUGCCUCCAUAAGAAAUUACACGACAACAAGACGCAACAAAACGUCAAAAUCUUUAUCGCUAAACUCAUUGUCAAUCGUCCCACCAUCUUUCAACCGUAUGCCAAGUUCUGGUUGAGUGGGUUGACGGAGCUGGUUGUCAGUGGGCAUUGUGGAGGGGCGGGGCUUCACUCAUGUGUCGUAGACGUCGUGGUUACCAUGCUAUCCUGGGCAGCUACUGCUGUACUGGAGAGUUGCUCUCUGGCCAAUCGGCUGCUAGGGUUUCUAAUGCAGCACGCCUACCACGACACGAGAGCAGUGUUUCGUAACAAUCUGGAGAUCAUCAAAACCCUCGUAGAAAGUUGGAGGAGCUCACUACAAACACCAACCAGACUGGUGUACAGCCUGUUCACUCUGGGAGGACCAGAGGCGGAGGCUAAUAGCACGGGUGUGCAACUACUGGGGAUACUCGUGGCCAACAAGAUGCCCGCCUUUGAACCAGCCACAGCUGUGUCUAUAGAAGAAAAGAAGUUCUUUAUGUCGUUUGUGAAUUUGCUUGGCUCCAAGCCCAAGGCGGUGUAUGGGGCAGCUGCUGAGGUGGUUGGCAUGGCAAUGGCUCAGAUGGAGGAGACAAACAAUUUUUCCCUUCCCGACCUCCAAGAUGUGGUGGUUGAACAGCUCACACGAUUGGUCGCUGAUAGGAACGAGCAAAACUUCCUCACAUGUCUACACAAGAUACAGACGGCCUACUCCAAGAUCACAGACAGAUUUGUGGAGAAGCUGCUCUUUCUACUGCCCAACUUCCACGGUGUGUUUCGCAGCAUGUGUUUGGAGAUCCUCUGCCCUCAGGCGGACCUCAGACCACGCCUCUAUCUGGAGCUACGAGACAAGGGCUUUCACAGCAUGCUCACACACAGAGAUGAGCCCACUCAACUGGCUGCUCUGGAGAUCAUCAAGAGGUUGUCUCAACACCACCACCUUGACACAGAGCACACGGCUGCUAUUGUUCCCAUGGUAACAGGGUUCGGUACCCACUCUAGUGAGUCGUGUCGACAGCUCAUGUACGAGAUACUCAUCAUCCUGUACAGCAACUUAAAGGGUGAGGAUUCUCCGGAUGAGGUCACACUAACGAGUGUCAAAGGUCAACUGUUGGAAGGUCUCGGAGAUGAUGCUGAGAGUAUCAGACUCAAGAUGUACACGUUUUGGAACGCCAGUACCCGUCUCUCUGGUGACACCCUCCCCCGGCUCACACAGCUGCUCCCCGUGCUCUACUCAACCGGAACAGAGCGACAGUUCCUCUACAACUCCACUAACCUCUUAUUAGAGCUCACCUCUCGUAGCCCCGACUUCAACAGGAGCGUGUUCGAUGACCCCCUCUCAGAGUGCAAGUUUGAGGAGUAUAGGGGGCUGGACAUCUCGUGGCAGCAACGUCACCUGACUCUGACCCCCAUGUUUGCAGCCACCCUGGCCAGCUCCCCUGGGGGAACACUGCAGACAGAGCAGAGCCUGGGGGGAAGUCUAGGCCUCAGGGCAACACAGCAGAGCCUCGCAUUCACUCCUACUCAAGAAGCCGAUUGUGGUGGUUACAACUGGAUGGCCCCAUCCCUCCAGUCUCAGGACGUCUCUUUUUCCAUUGGUACCUCCACUCCCUCGACAGCUGACUCCGCCCUCCUCACCAUGAGACCGCCCUCUGGUCGGCCGUUCAGACCAGUAGGAGACUCGUUCGGAAAGAAGCGCCUCGGCACCAUGGACUCUCAGGCUACAGAUCCAGAAGAGCAGAAAAGGUUAGAAGUGCUCAAAUUGAAGCGCCGGUUCAUCCGGGACAAGUCAGCUACUAGUGCGUACAUUGCCAAGAUAGAGGCUAAGAGGAAGAUCGCAAGACAGGAGACUGUGCGUCGUCAGAAGGCGUCUCGUGACAGUCGUGUCGUGAUGUACCGCCAGUAUCGUGUUGGGGAGCUACCAGACAUCCAGAUAAAACACUCCGAGCUCAUCAGACCGUUUCAGGCACUGGCUCAGCACGACAGUCGCUUGGCCCGGAUGCUGUUUGCUCAGCUGUUCAAGUCCAUCUUCUCUGAGGGAGAGCGAACUCUGGAGGAGGAGGCUAAAGGUACGACGGCAGCUGUCAGGAAUGGACUCAAUGCUGUCAUGGAAACCUCCACACUCUACUACCCACCAUUCAUCGGGAGUCUACAGGAUGUGUGUUUCCGCCAGAGGAGUUUGGACCUUGACCCCGCAGUGGUAUCAAGGGCGUGUCUCAUGUCCACUCAAGAGCCGAUAGGAAUCAUGCUACUAGAGAAGCAGCUGCUCAACAGCGCUGACUCAGCAGUCACCCCUCGUCCCUCCAAGAGGUCACGAGGAGAGAAUGCCCCAUUGCCUGAGGGCACCAUUGCUUGGGUAGAGGUGGCCAGACUGUACAAGUCCUUGGGUGACUUUGACAGCCUGAGGGGUAUAUUCAGUAGUCAAGUGGGCACCAGGCCGAUUACCAAGGAAGCCAUGGAUGCUGAGGAGAGGGGAGACUAUCUCGAGGCAGUGGAGAGAUACAAGGAGGCCAUUGGUCACAACUGGGGGGAGGGUGGUCCACUGCAGGCAGAGGAGGACCUCUGGGAUGACUCACUGCUCCAGUGCUACAGUCACCUGACAGAGUGGACGGAGCUAGAGGCUGCAGCUCUGGUCAAUGUGGAUGAGAGCACCCCCCCUAAACUGGACAAACUAUGGGACGACAACUACUUCACCGAGCACUACCUCCCUCAUUUGAUCCGGGCCAAAGUGAAGCUGGCAUGCAGUGGUAAGGAUGACCCUAACUUUGCAUCAUUUCUAACCAACUCACUGAGAGAUGCUAAGAAGAAGGCGCUGCUGGAAUCAGAGCAUUCAAUGGAAUUGGCCCUCUACUCUAUUCUCCAGGACAACCAUGAUGGGGCAAGAUACUACACUGGACUCUGUCUGCAGGCUUUCCUUCAUGAUUGGUCGAACAUUGACCAGCUGCUCGUCAAAAGCCGUACCUCGCGUUUACACGGACUACAGAUACUGGCUGAGAUGAACGAGUACCUACAGCUCAUUACUUGUACUAGCGACCUCGAAAGUCAUGUGACCGGCCUCCUGCAGAAGUGGGCGGGACGGUACCCUCACCCAAAGCUGGAUCCGAUCCGAGUGUGGGAUGAUAUAGUAACAGGGCGUUGUCUAAUGAUGACCAAGCUCCUGGAGAGACUGCACUUUCUGGCACCUGCCAACACGAGUGCCGAGGACUCAAUGGAGGUGGAUGGUAGUGAGGGCAGUCUGUCUGUACUGACUACGCAGUUCUCCCGGGAAUUCACUCAGCUCUAUCUCAAGAUGGCCGACAGUGCUAGGCAACAGAGCAACUAUGCCGUGGCAACACGCUACCUCAAACUCACAGAGAAGGCAGUCAAAGAACACUUUCCGGGAGACACCGGGCUCAAGUUGCACUGGCUACACAGUGUGGCGAGGAUGAAACUACAACAAGCAGAACAAGACCCCUCCCCUAAGAAGAUCGAGCCAAUCAUAGGUCUCAUUGAACGACUACAAGAGUCCAACUCGGACACCGUUACCCUGGGCAACCACACAUUGUCACGACAACAUCACCUAUUGGAGGGUGUGGCAUGUGACCAGCUGUCACAAGCGUUCAGAGAGGAGGGGCUUCUACUCAUGGACGUGCUCUCUGACGAUAGAAUGGCCCACCUCCGCGACAUUAUGGGUGUGGCUAGGACUGAAACACUCACUCCAGACCAGGUGUCCCACAAGCUGUUACUGCGUGCACUAGCCUCUCUGAAGAAUGGAGUGAGGUCUGGGACAGCUGAUCACAAGGCCAGUGGGGAGGGGGAGGGAAUGGUGUCCGCUCUAUUAGAGAUGGCCGCCUUCUGUGACAGGCAACUGAGACUCAAGGAAGAUGACGAAAUCGACUCUUCACUGGACACAGAGAGCUUCCCCAGCGUGGUGGUGGCCUACUCCCUUAAGGCCAUGAAGUUUGGCUCUCCUUUGGCCACUCAAAGAUUCCCCCGGCUACUACAGCUGGUCGAACUCUACCCCGCUACAAUGGAGACCUUCCAAAAGAAAAGCAGGGAUGUUCCUGACUGGAUGUUCAUUGGUUGGAUCAGUCAGAUGGUGGCACUGCUGAAUAAGGCCGAGGGACCGGCUGUACAUGAGACACUAUUGUCAAUAGCAACCAACUACCCUCAGGCACUCAUCUAUCACUUUAAGACCAGUAGCAGUGCGUUUGAGACCCACCCUCCGGGAGAGACAAACCAAGACACAGUCGAUAAACUGCGUGCCAAGCUGACCAAUAAGCUGGUGGAUGGUGUGGUAUCUGCGCUUGAGUUGCUCUGCUCCCCGGAACUAGUGUUCAAGGAUUAUUGUGACUACGACCUCAAGCCUCUCAUGGAGGCCAGUGUCGAAAAAAGAAACAUCUCCAUGGUGAAAAAAGUUUGGCGUGGACUACGAGCACAGCUACAAGAGUGGGAGGUGGGGUCAUCGGGGUCACUGUACGGAGGAGGGUCUAGUGAUGGGGGUUCCCCCUCCAUCGAGGUCGGCUCCAGACAGAAGAGAUUCGCCAAGGACUACAUUCGCAAGCUAGAUGAUGCAUGUGGUGAAGAUGGCAGAAAGCUGUGCUCCAUGAAAGCUGCAAGCUUCAACAGUGUGGUGGGGAAGUUGUUUGAACAGAUGAAGCCAGGACUCAACAAGAUAAAGGGGGCUGGCCUCCUCAAGGAAUACUCACCGUGGCUGGCGGGUUUCCAAGGCAACCACUACCAUGAGCAUGUGGAGAUUCCAGGUCAGUAUGAUGGCAGCUCCAAACCUUUGCCAGAGUACCACGUCAAGAUAUCGGGAUUCGAUGAAAAGGUGCUGGUGAUGUCAUCUAUGCGUAAGCCCAAGCGAGUCACGAUCCGUGGGGACAACGAGAGAGAGUACAUGUUCCUGGUCAAGGGAGGGGAAGACCUCCGACAAGACCAGAGGAUCGAGCAGCUGUUUGGAGUAAUGAACGAAGUGUUGUCAGAGGAUGCAGCCUGCUCCCAGCGAGGGAUACGACUGAGGACCUAUCAGGUGGUCCCUAUGACACCAAGAGUGGGUGUAAUAGAGUGGAUGCAGAACACAAAGCCACUGAAGGACUUUCUCGUUGACAAUCUCACUGAUGCUGAGAAGGGGCGGUUCACUGACGCCUUCAAGUAUCAAUCUGAUUGGCUCAAAAAAUACGGAGGGAAUUCCAAGGCACCCACAGACGUUUACAAGGCAAUGUACAAGAAAGCGUCUAAAGCUGACGUUGAGAAGGAGUUUCGUCGUAAAGUGGCGUGUCUCCCGUGGGACCUCCUCCGCCGUUCCUUCAUGUCCCUCGCCACCACCCCUGAGGCAUUUCUCACCCUCCGCUAUCACUUCCUGCGCACGUGGGCCUCCGUGUCCAUGUGUCAGUACGUGCUGGGUAUAGGUGACCGUCAUCUCUCCAACUACAUGGUGGAUAUGGAGAGUGGGGGUGUGAUUGGGAUCGACUUCGGACAUGCCUUUGGAACGGCCACUCAGUUCCUCCCUAUCCCUGAGCUAAUCCCAUUUCGUCUGACCCCUCAAGUGAUGAAUCUCCUCCUGCCCCACAAGGGGCACGGGCUAUUGCGCAGCUGUAUGGUACACACCCUGAGGGCACUCCGACAUUCCUCCGCCCCCCUCCUCAAUACUAUGGACGUCUUCGUCAAGGAGCCUCAUCUGGAGUGGCAGUCGUUUGCAAGAAAGCAAGCCAAAACUCAGAAAAAAGCCCACGAGCUAUCCGACUCUGGGGACAGCAGCUGGUACCCUAAGGAGAAGAUACGACAAGCACGGAAGAAGUUACAAGGCUACAACCCGGCUCAUGUGAUGUUGUUUGACCUUACCAAAGGUCAUGAGAGGUCACCAGAGUUCACUGCUCUCAAGACCAUGCUGAUGGGGGAGAAAAAGUACAACGAGAGGGCAAAGUGUGAUGAGAGAUGCAACAGUGUUGAGCAGCAGGUGUUGUGUCUAAUGGACCACGCCAGCGACCCCAACAUCCUGGGCCGGACCUGGCAGGGAUGGGAGCCGUGGGUCUAAGCACAGGCACUCUCGCUUAGAAAACUAUAUAAUUAUGGACGAUAAUUAUUGUUGCCAUGUAUUUAUUUAAUCAACAGUAAUUUUGUUUUGUGUUUAAUUUCUAAUUAAUACUCAUAAUUUAACA